CUCCAGUCCACAGUCAAGAGAACUCCAAAUACCUUCCUCCAGACCCCGCCUCCAAGGCUAUGUGCGCACUGUGUGCAAUCCAGAUCAACUCGACAAUGUCUCCUUGAUUCACACAGACUUUCUUUCUCUUGUUCCUUUUUCAGCCGUCUUUGUGACAUCCGACAGGGCUCCACCUGGUGACAUCGCUUGAAAGGGCCCAGAACAAGUCGAGUUUCUUUUCUCUUAGCAUCUUGACCUUUGUCUCAACCAUGGCGACUUCAGUGGACAUGGCCGCUGAUGGUCUUCGGAAGCGCAAGGACUCAAAUCAGAAGGCCACCGAGGAUGAAGCUCGACAGGCUGUCUUGCAUCUCAAUGCCUUGGAAGAGAACUCCGACAAGGCAGAAAAGGAUAGGAAAACAUAUGGCCGAAGUCCCGACGGCAAAGUCUUUCUUGUUCCACAAACUCAUGACAUGGUUACCCAGCUGCUGUCCCCUACCGAACCCAAGAACUUUGGAGAUCUUCUCGUCCUCUUCAUUCUCUUGUUACAUUUCAUCUUGGCCUGGAAAUUGCCCACGCAGUACCGAACCUUCGUCCUUGGAGCCGUCUUCCUCGUGUGGAGAGCUGGCUAUAAUAUUGGCAUCGGCUGGCUGUUGCAUAUGCAAUCCCAUCACAAACUGAUGGUCCGUUGGGCUCGCAAGUCGAAACUCUUCCCCAGCGCGUCAAAUGGAGAGAAUCCUUACCCUCGACUCAGAGCUUUUGUCAAACGUGAACUCGAAACCAAGAUCGCCGAGGACUAUAAUUUCGACACUGCCCCCAUCGAGUACAACGCCUGGCUAGCUUUUCGUCGAAUCGUCGACCUCAUCCUCAUGUGUGACUUUACCUCAUACAUGCUGUUUAGCAUCUGUUGUGCCCACACCCCGCCGAAUGAAUCCCUCAUUAUGACCAUCUUCCGCUGGGCCCUGGGUCCGCUGCUCUUCAUUUUUAACCUCUGGGUCAAGCUGGAUGCCCAUCGCGUCGUCAAGGAUUACGCCUGGUACUGGGGGGAUUUCUUCUUCCUCAUUGACCAAGAGCUGACCUUUGACGGUGUCUUUGAGAUGGCCCCUCAUCCCAUGUACUCGAUUGGAUAUGUUGGUUAUUAUGGCACUUCCAUCAUGGCCGCGAGCUACAAAGUACUCUUUAUCUCCAUAAUUGCUCACGCCGCACAGUUUGCUUUCCUUCUUGCUGUCGAGAACCCCCACAUCGAACGCACCUAUAGUUCUCCUCCGCCUCGACAGUCGGUCAACAAGCUUCCCCUAGGGCAGUCAGAAUCUUCCCAAAAUGAGUCAAGCCUUGCGAAAGAAUCAUGGCCUGUCCCAGGUCACGCUCAACCACCCCAGACGCACAAUCUUCUAGGACUCCAAAACUUUGAUCUCUAUCGCACCACCGACACUUCCAUCGCCAUCAUCUUGCUCCUCUUCUUGGCAUUGACCAUUGGCACACCAGACACCACGUUCUGGAAGUUCUUUUUCGUCAUGUUUGCCGUGGUCUGUCGGCUGUGGUAUUCUGUCGGACUUGGCUAUCUCCUCAACCGUCAAUCCGUCAAGAAGAAGUGGACUCGCCACUUUUUGAAAUAUGGUGAAAGCACCGGUGAGGCUUGGCGACAGUGGAAGGGCACAUACCACCUCAGUAUGACUCUAUGCUAUGCAGGCUUCGCAGCUGCAUCGUGGAAAAUGUACACUUUGCCCACUGAUUGGGCGUAUGGCCUCGUGCUCCUCAAGCAUGUGAUCGGUCUCAGUCUGGUUGCGUUGCAAGUCUGGACCGCAUUCAGUAUUUACGAUCAACUGGGCGAGUUUGGCUGGUUCUUUGGAGAUUUCUUCUUCGCUCAAGAACCCAAGUUGACCUACGGAGGCAUCUAUCGAUUUCUCAACAACCCCGAACGCGUCUUGGGCCUUGCGGGAGUUUGGGGUAUUGCCUUGAUCACCAACAGCAAAGCCAUCUUCUGCCUUGCCCUACUCAGUCACACCCUCAGCCUUGCGUUCAUCCAAUUCGUCGAGCGCCCUCAUAUGCAGAAACUUUACGGCCGAAGCCUGCGACAAGAUGCCGGUCUGGUUCGUAGCUUGCGAAGAUCCCUUCCCCCACCACUCCGCCAGUGGCAGGAUGGCAUGGACAAGGUUUUGGGGGAGACUCUCGACUACAUGGAAGACUUUUUCGACGCUGCACGACCCAAGCUCGCCGCUGGAGUCAACAGCAUCGUCGAAGACACCAAGAGCCUCUUCCCUCGCAUCACCAUCACCACCCAAGAAACCGAGGUUGUCGGUGUCGACCCGAAAGACUACGCACUUGUUGUCGAAGGAACAGCACCAUCAUUCCUCCCUGAUUCACCAUACUCAAGCGACCAAGGCGACCAUUUCGGUGGCUCACCAGCAGAGCGAACCGACGACUUCAAGCCUCUUCUCUUCGAGUACGGAGCUCCCAUCACCGUGAAAUGGACCGCCCCACUGAACCACAGCAAGAAAGAUUGGGUCGGCCUAUACAAAGUCUCCGACAAUUACAGCCGCGAAGUCACCAAGAUAUCAUCCGCUGGACGGUGGAUCGCGACGAAUUUCGGAGAAUACGACCUCUCGGAAGAAGGCCUCAUCAAGAGCGAAGUCAAAGUCACACAAAAGACCAAAGACGGAAUUGAAAAAGAAUACAUGAGCGGCGAAAUGGUCUUUUCAGGCGACAAACUCUGGUGGACACAAGGAGUCUUCGAAUUCCGAUACCACCACAACGGCAAACACAAUGUAAUGGCGAUUUCCUUGCCGUUUGAAGUCCGAAUCCCCCGCUUCAGCGAAGAUGAACUGGAAUUACUCGAUAGUAACAUCUCAUUCUCGACGCCAAUGUCAUCACAUAACGAUGCGUUGAUUCGACGAGCUAUUGAAAGUACAUUGCUGCCUCUGGUGCAGAACUGCUUUGAUCGUGAUCCGGAUAUUGCGCCGAGUACGGCAAAGGAGGCAUUUGGCGGAUUGGUGGAUCGGGAUGGCAAGUUUGCAAAGAGGGUGGUGUAUGCGGUGAAUCAAAUGUUUGGAAUCGAGUUUGCCCCUCAGGUCGUCAAGGUGGAUGGUAAAGUCGAGAAUCUGGCUUGGCGUAUCUGGGAGGCCAAGAAGGUGUUGGCUCAUUUCAGUAUGUCGAGGUCGAGAGGUAGUACGACGCCGGUGGAGGUAGAGGCGGAGAAACCCAUUGCGGUGGAUUGAAGGGUUGAGUGUGGGUUGUGGGUUAGGUAUGGAUCGGUUUGAAAUUGCGUACAGUAAGUACAGUCGGAGGUCGGAGGCGUUGUCCCAAUAUACAUGGCUGUUGAAACAUACGAGGAGUGGCGUGGCGGGUGAAGGAUAAAUCAAAUUUGUCUCGGGUUGGUUGGGACUAACAGAAAAUGCAUACAGUUUGCAUAAACAAGUAAAUAAGGUACGCACGUACAUACAGAGAGCAUUGCAUUUUGCAUACACCUGAAGGGAAGGAGUUGCUCAAAAAAAAUGCGAAUCAACG